AUGUUUUUAUAUAUAUAUUUGGGAUCGAUAUUUUUCAACAUUCCGAAUGUAUGUAAAUCUAUCCUUUUCUUUCUCUCUAGGUCUAUAUCUAUGAAUCACUCUCUCUAUCUGUCUGUCUUUGACUCUCUCUCUUUUUAUCUAUCUAUCUAUCUAUCUAUCUAUCUAUCUAUCUAUCUAUCUAUCUAUCUAUCUAUCUCAGACACGUACUCAUCCUAUGAUUUUGAUUCUGGCAACAUUCCUUUACCCGAUUUUCAUUGUUUCAUUUUUUUCUCAUCAGGCAGGGACGUUUGCGAUGAUCCAAUAUCUAUCUGUGGUUCUUUCGUGCUUGAUGACCGAUUUCUCACUCGGCAACCAAUUUCUAAAAGACUGAACGUUGUCUAUAUAUCUAUGAAUCACUCUCUCUAUCUGUCUGUCUUUGACUCUCUCUCUCUCUCUUUCGCUAUCUAUCUAUCUAUCUAUCUAUCUAUCUAUCUAUCUAUCUAUCUAUCUAUCUCAGACACGUACUCAUCCUAUGAUUUUGAUUCUGGCAACAUUCCUUUACCCGAUUUUCAUUGUUUCAUUUUUCUCAUCGGGCAGGGACGUUUGCGAUGA